AUGAAACCGCUGAUUCUAUACGAUAUCCCCUCCCGAUUGCCUGGAAGCUACUGGUCUCCAAAUACAUCGAAGCCCAGGUUCGUCUUAAACUACAAGGAGUUACCUUUCGAAACUGUCUGGGUCGAGUACCCAGAUAUUGCAACUGUUCUCAAGGGUCUCGGCCUGGCGCCCAAAAAGAGACCCGACGGUUCAGACAUCUACACCGUCCCCGUCCUCAACGACCCCAACACCGGCGCUCUGAUCGACGAAUCCCUCGAGAUCGCAGCAUAUCUCGAGAAAACAUAUACCGCAAAGCCCAUCUUCCCGUACGGCUCCGAGAUGCUCAUUCGCGUGUUCGAUUCUGCAUAUCUCGACAACGCGCACCCCAUCGUAAGAUUGAUAUAUUUUUUCCGUCGGACGCGCUCGGAGAGGUUACAACUUCCGUGGGAGGAGUUUUCACCCGAAGGUCCGAAACGUGAUGGAGAUUGGGCAUAUCUUGAGCAGGGUUUCAAUAAGGGAGAAACGUUACGCGCGAAGAGUGGCGGGGAGUGGGUGAUGGGAGAUACGUUCUCGUAUGCGGACAUCAUCGUGGCAAGUCGGCUGUUUUGGUACAAGCGUGUCUUGAAGGAGGAUGAGUGGGCCAGGAUCAGCUCUUGGAACGGAGGAAGAUGGGCAAAGGUGCUGGAUAAGGUUCAGCAGGAAUGUCACCUCGCGUGAUAGUAUGAAAUGACGGUAACUUGAGAUCCCAAAGUUAUGAUAAAUACCAGAGUCACGUAUCAACAGUACUUGGUGCGUGAUUCUGGCAUUUAUCAUAAUUCAUUAUCCUGUACCGUAGACAUACCAAGCAAUCUUCC